GCGGCUGGAGGACUGUUUUGGUAAAGGACUACCACUUCUCUGCGGAGAGUGGGUCGGUACAGUUCCGGUAGGAGAACUCGGCUGUGAGUGCUUCGUCUUCGGCUCCUGAUAUGCAACGACAGAAUUUUCGGCCCCCGACUCCUCCUUGCCCCGGUCCGGGUGUAGGAGGUUGGGGUAGCGGGAGCAGCUUCCGGGGCACCCCGAGCGGGGGCGGACCGCGGCCGCCCUCUCCUCGGGACGGGUACGGGAGUCCGCACCACACGCCGCCGUACGGGCCCCGGUCUAGGCCCUACGGGAGUAACCACUCUCCGCGACAUGGCGGCGGCUUCCCGGGGGGCCGGUUCGGGUCUCCGUCCCCUGGCGGCUACCCUGGCUCCUACUCCAAGUCCCCCGCGGGGUCCCAGCAGCAAUUCGGCUACUCCCCAGGGCAGCAGCAGACCCACCCCCAGGGUUCUCCAAGGACAUCUACACCAUUUGGAUCAGGGCGUGGUAGAGAAAAAAGAAUGUCUAAUGAGUUGGAAAGUUAUUUCAAGCCUUCAAUGCUUGAAGACCCUUGGGCUGGCCUAGAACCAGUAUCUGUAGUGGACAUAAGCCAACAAUACAGCAAUACUCAAACAUUCACAGGCAAAAAAGGAAGAUACUUUUGUUAACAUUUCUGAAAUUCACCUGGAAGCUUCAUGUGUCAGGAACAUACUGGACAAAAUUUUUACUUGUGUUAAUAAGUUGGCCCAAAGAUGAUGACAUUGAUUGCGUUAUUAGUAGUCUUUUUGGUAUUUCUCAUCAUAUCAAGUAUUGUUGAUACUAGAGAAGAAAGGAUAAUUUGCAGUAUGUAGUCUCUGGAAGUACCUAUCACAUUUUAGAAGACUUACCGUUUCUAUAACAUUCCUGGUCAAAUAAUGGACAUGUCACUUUUAAUGUUUUUCUAAUGUUUUAAAUAAAACAUUUUGUCUUCUA